CUCUCGUUCGUGCGUCAGGACCAGCAAGUGGGUACGCCUCUUCCGUUCAGUUGCGCUAAAAUGCUGAAAGAGCCCGUGUAACCGAAGCCGUCUCGCAGUGUUCGUGUUUUGCGCCGCAGAGAAACAUCGGAGAAAAUUAUAUUAAAACGGGCUGUCCACUACGGCAAAGCGGGUCGCGCGCAGUUUAACCCUGAACCGGACCCGACUCACCGAGCCGCGGGCAACCUCACCAAAGAACACAGCUGGGAGAGGACGGAGAAAACAACGCUGCUUUGCGCACCUGGAGGCAGAGGAGAUUGCUAACCUGUCACAGCUCGGAGUGUAGUUAGUAACUGUGCACACAUCUCUGGAAGCACAUGGUUAACUUAAAUACAUAGCCGUUCGCUCCAAUGUUGACAAUGAACAUUGUGAGUAACGUUGAUUAGACUAUGCCACAUUGUGAAAUUGAACGCGUCUUCUUACAAUAAUGGGAAAGGCUAUGCCUGGGUAAUUAUCGGAAUCAGUGACGUGAAACAUGCUUGCAUUACGGGGAACUCUGACAACCUGUGCACGGAACUGUUCUGCGCGUUCAGAAUGGUAACACCUUGAUUAUAUUUUUAAAGCAAGAGAAACACCGAACAAUCACACAUUCCACUGCUUCGGACUGCGGAAAAACGACUUGACUACUGUCCAGAAUCAACGCUUUUGUGAUUAACCGCGCAAAGAAUAUUGAUGGAGCUGGAAAACAUUGUGGCAAAUACCGUACUACUGAAGGCAAGAGAAGGUGAAGGAGGGAAACGAAAAGGAAGGAGCAAGAAAUGGAGAGAAAUGCUACGUUUCCCUCACAUCUCACAAUGCAUUGAGCUGAAGAACAAUAUUGAGCGGGAUUACUUCAGCCUUUGUGAGAAGCAGCCGAUUGGAAGAGAGCUUUUCCGCCUCUUCUGUGAGACCAAACCAGAGUUUUCAUGCUGCAUUCAUCUACUGGAUGCCAUGGAAAACUACGAGGUGAUGCCAGAUGAGAAGAGGAGAAACUGCGGUGAGGAAAUAAUCAAGCAGUUUCUCACCAAGCAGUCCUCUGAGUGUGUUCCUGAGGUGGCUGAUAGCUACGGUCAGACGUGUGGAGAGAACCUGGAGAUCAGCCCCUGCAGGGACCUCUUCAGUGACUGCCGAAAGGCCCUUCAUGAGCACUUAAGUGGGGAGCCCUUCUCAGCCUAUCAGGAGAGCAUGUACUUUGACCGCUUUCUGCAGUGGAAGAUGCUCGAGAGACAGCCAGUCACGAAAGGCACAUUUCGCCAAUACCGUAUCCUCGGAAAGGGCGGGUUUGGGGAGGUGUGGGCGUGCCAGGUGAGGGCCACGGGGAAGAUGUAUGCCUGUAAGAAGUUGGAGAAGAAGAGGAUUAAAAAGAGAAAAGGGGAGGCGAUGGCCCUCAAUGAGAAGCAGAUUCUGGAGAAGGUCAACAGCAGGUUUGUGGUCAGCUUGGUCUACGCUUACCAAACCAAAGACCUCCUGUGUCUGGUGGUGACCAUCAUGAAUGGAGGGGACCUCAAGUUUCACAUCUACAACAUGGGCACGCCCGGGUUCGAGAAGGACAGGGUACUGUUCUACGCUGCAGAGAUCUGCUGUGGCCUUGAGCACCUGCAUAAGGAGUCCAUUGUCUACAGGGAUUUAAAACCAGAAAAUAUUCUUUUAGAUGACAACGGACACAUCCGGAUAUCUGACCUGGGUCUGGCCGUUAAAUUGCGGAAGGGGGACACUGUUCGAGGCCGCGUGGGGACUGUAGGAUAUAUGGCACCGGAGGUGAUCAAUAACGAGAGGUACGGCAUGAGCGCAGACUGGUGGGGGCUAGGCUGCCUGAUCUAUGAGAUGACGGCUGGCCGCUCGCCCUUCCGGGCGCAGCACGAGCGUGUGAAGAGGGAGGAGGUGGAGAAGAGGGUGAGGGAGCAGACGGAGGAGUACAAUGAUAAGUUCAGCGAGGACAGUAAAUCCAUCUGCAGAAUGCUGUUAGCUAAAGAUCCGGAGCAGAGGUUGGGGUGCGGAUCCGAUGGGGUGUUGCAACUGAAGGCUCAUAGUUUCUUCAGAAGCAUCAACUUCAAGAGGCUGGAGGCAGGGAUCCUGGAGCCAUCAUUUGUGCCAGAUCCCAGAGCAGUCUACUGCAAAGACGUACUGGACAUUGAGCAGUUCUCCACCGUCAAGGGUGUCAACCUGGACCAAACCGACUGUGAUUUCUAUGCCAAAUUCUCCACCGGCUGCAUCUCCAUUCCCUGGCAGAAUGAGAUGAUCGAGACAGAGUGCUUUAAGGAACUGAACGUGUUUGGGCCCGACGGCUCCCGGCCCCCAGAUCUGGUUUGGAACCUCGCCCCCGCCCCCAAGCCCCCACGACGCAGCCUGAUGGAUCGCAUCUUCAAGAGACAACCUUCAGAGAAGACCAUCCGUUAUAGCCAAAUGUCUUCCAGCAUGAAUUCUGUGGACUCCUUAAUAAACUGAGCCCCCUAGUGGCAGUGUGGUACGUUGGACUGUUCCACUGAAGGGGCCCACACAGCAGGGAGUCUCUACAUGAGCACUGACCAAAACACUGACCAAAUCUGUGGAUUUACGAGAAUGUGUAACUAGGACUGUUGAGUAAAUGUAGUCUCGAAGUCCACCCUCAGGACUGCUGGAGCAAAGAGGACCCCAUGGCAAGGGGGUGGGUCAAAUAUCAAAAACAAUUCCAGGGGACUUAUUUUCAAUGAAGGACCACUGCAGGGAAACUAGUCCAUGUCUUUGUUGUUGCAGUUAUUGUUAAUGUGCUUAACACUCUCAUACAUGUGCACACACACUCGCCAGUCCCCAGUCACCACAGAAUGCUUUGUGGUGUGCAAGCUCAGGCCAACGAUUGCUCUUAAAAUGUAGUUUUUAAUUUGUUUGCUAUAAUUUUAGUUAUAAUUGUGUGUGUGGAGUGUGUGAUUAAGUUUUAAUUGUGUUUUAAACAAUUUUAGUUUAAUUUUUAGUAAGGUAGAGGAACUAACAUUUAGGGUGUUAACUGGAAAAUAUAGCUAAUGCUUA